CAGCGGCGGAGCGGGGGAAUGUGGUCCGGGGGUCAGGUGCUCGCGGCGGUGGGCACUGCCGCGCUCCUGCUCCUCCUCCUCGCGCUGCUGGUGAGGCAGCUGCUCAAGCAGAGGCGGCCGCCUGGUUUCCCGCCGGGGCCCCGGGGGCUGCCCCUCAUCGGCAACAUCUACUCGCUGGCCGCGGACCAACCGCAUGUCUAUAUGAAGAGGCAGAGCCAAGUCCAUGGCCAGAUUUUCAGUCUUGAUCUUGGAGGUAUAUCUGCUAUUGUACUGAAUGGUUAUGAUGCUGUAAAAGAAUGCCUGGUUCAUCAAAGUGAAGUUUUUGCAGACAGACCAUCUCUUCCUUUGUUCAAGAAGCUGACAAAUAUGGGAGGUUUAUUGAACUCCAGAUAUGGUAGAGGAUGGACAGAGCAUCGCAAGUUGGCUGUAAGCAGCUUUCGUUGUUUUGGAUAUGGUCAAAAGUCCUUUGAACACAAAAUUUCAGAAGAAUCCAUGUUUUUUCUUGAUGCCAUUGAUACAUACAAAGGCAGACCCUUUGAUCUUAAACACUUGAUAACAAAUGCAGUCUCAAACAUUACUAAUUUGAUUAUCUUUGGAGAACGUUUUACAUAUGAAGACACUGAAUUUCAGCAUAUGAUAGAGAUUUUUAGUGAAAACAUUGAAUUAGUUGCUAGUGCUUCAGUGUUCUUGUAUAAUUCUUUUCCCUGGAUUGGCAUAUUACCCUUUGGAAAACAUCAACAACUGUUUAAGAAUGCAGCUGAAGUCUAUAACUUUUUGCUUGAACUUAUUGAGCGUGUUUCUAAAAACAGGAAGCCUCAGUCACCUCGACAUUUCAUUGAUGCAUAUCUAGAUGAAAUGGAUCGAAGUGAAAAUGAUCCAGAGGCUACAUAUUCAACCAAAAAUUUAAUUUUCUCUGUUGGAGAACUCAUCAUAGCUGGAACAGAAACCACAACUAAUGUUUUAAGAUGGGCAGUAUUGUUUAUGGCUCUUUAUCCGAACAUUCAAGGGCAAGUUCAUAAAGAAAUUGAUUUGGUUGUGGGUCCAAACAAAACACCUUCUUUAGAAGAAAAAUGCAAAAUGCCUUACACUGAAGCAGUUCUACAUGAAAUUUUAAGGUUCUGUAAUAUAGCUCCAUUAGGUAUUUUCCAUGCAACUUCUAAGGAUACAGUUGUGCGUGGUUAUUCUAUCCCUGAAGGCACUACAAUAAUUACAAACCUCUAUUCUGUACACUUUGAUGAAAAGUACUGGAGUAACCCAGAAGUGUUUUAUCCUGAACGGUUUUUGGACAGCAGUGGGCAGUUCAUCAAGAAAGAUGCAUUUGUUCCUUUUUCACUAGGAAGAAGACAUUGUCUUGGAGAACAACUGGCCAGGAUGGAAAUGUUUUUGUUUUUUACUUCAUUACUUCAGCGAUUUCACCUGCAUUUUCCACAUGCUUUGAUUCCCAAUCUGAAGCCAAAAUUAGGCAUGACAUUACAACCACAGCCAUAUCUCAUCUGUGCUGAAAGACGUUAAAGCAUAUGGGCCAAACUCUCAGCUGGUGUAAAUUGGAAUAGCUCCACUGAAUAAAUGGAGCUGCACCAACUUACAGCAGCUGAGUAUCUGGCCCCAUCUUUUAUUUAUAACUAUCUUGUUCAUAGUCUUGUCAAAAGAACAAAAAAUCUAAAAACUCUCUGUUAAAGGACUUACACACAAAUUUUGUCUUAUUCAUAGGCUUUUAGGUAUUUAAUGUAUUUGUAUGUAAUUUUCACAAAAAAGGCAUUAAUACUCUUCAUGUGUUUAAAGAUUCUGUUCUCAGUUCAAAAAUCUAGAUCAGGUUCCAUUUCUCGUUUUAACUUUUCAAGAUUUCAUUGAAUUACCCUUGUGACAGAGUCAGGCCAGAUGGCUACAGGAGAGUGAUAGAAGGUACAUAUAUUAGCCCCAGAUUAAGCAGAUCCCUUUACUCUGAAUAAGAUAAUGGGCUGUUCCAGAACAAUCAGGAAGUUUCUGGAACCAAUUAAGGCAGGCUAAUUAGGACACCUCGAGCCAAUUAAGAAGCUACCAGAAUCAAUUAGGACAGGCAGGCUAAUCAGGGCACCUGGUUUUAAAAAGGACCUCACUUCAGUUAGUGAGGCGUGUGCGAGGAGCUGGGAGCAAGAGGCGCAAGAAGCUAAGAGUGAGUAGGCGUACUGCUGGAGGACUGCGAAGAACAAGCGUUAACCAGACAUCAGGACGAAGGUCCUAUGGUGAGAAUAAAGAAGGUGUUGGGAGGAGGCCAUGGGGAAGUAGCCCAGGGAGUUGUAGCUGUCACACAGCUGUUACAAGAGACACUGUACACAGUUGCAAUCCACAGGGCCUUGGGCUGGAACCCGGAGUAGAGGGCUGGCCCGGGUUCCCCCCUAUUCCCUUCAACUCCCUAUUUGAGACAAGAGCAGGUGACCUGGACUGUGGGGAAGGUCCUUGGCCUAUCCCCUGACCCACUAGGUUGACCAGCAGAGACUGUGGGGAUUGUUUUCCUUCCCUUUCCCCAUGCUGGCCAUGAUGAGGUUAGCCGAGUGAACGGCAGGUUUGAGCCACUAGCAAAAGUGGCCAAACUGAGGGCUGCCGUGAAUCUCUGAGGCGAGCAAAUCCGCCAAUAAGCGCAGGACCCACCAAGGCAGAGGAGGAACUUUGUCACACCCUAUUUAAAGAUUAUUACAAAAUUCAGCUACUGACACACACAAUAUUUUCUAUUAUUCAUGAUAUUUAAAUAACGUUGAGAAAAAUAGUUUUUAAAGUUUUUAACAUAAGCGGACAACUGUUUUUAGUUUGGGAGAAUGUUCUGAUAAAUUUGGAGAGCUUGGAUGAAACCUGUUGCAGUCAGAGUCCUCUCAUGAAAUCUCAAAUAAUAAAAAACUGCCCCAAACAAACUUAUUUUUAGAGUACUUCAUUAAAAAUAUAUUAACCCCAUUUUUCAUUAAAAACCCUUUCUGAAAUAUGUUGUAAUAAAUCCUAUCUAUAUAUUCUUCCUUGACAAAUCCCAUCCUGCCCACUUGUAUCCACUCACAAUGCUGCUGCAAAGAUAAUUUUUCUGGCAUGACACGUCAAGUAUAUCACCCCUCUUUUUACAUCAUUCUGGUUAUUCCACGUUCGCCACUGAAUCAAAUAACAACUACAUGUCUUCACUUUUAAGGCAC